ACACGACGAAGCAAAAGUUUUUGUAAAUGAAAUUUAUAUCUGAUAUGUACACGUUCUUUUGAACGACAUUGUUAUUUCAUCAAGACCUUUAAAGUCGGGGAGAACCUGAAGAUCUCAUUUAAUUUUCGACUGGCACAGUCGAGCAGAUUUUAGGCGCAGCAAAUUCGAGAGAGCUUUUAAAACAUACUUAUUUAUAAGAGUAUGUUAUGACUUGUGAGAUAGAUUGACUCCGUUUGUUGUAGCAAAUUACCGUGCCAAUUUUCCUUAUUCGCGUUUAAUAUAACAAUGAAAGAUGUGGUAAUCAUUUCGUGCAACAUAAAUAAAAAUAAAUUACUCAAACUUGAAAUUUUUUAGUUAUCUAAUAUCUAAUUCAUUAUGGAAUUAAAAACUCAAGGGAAAAACGAAAUUUCUAGAGCAGAAAUAUCAAAAUCAUUUUACCGAAAAUUGAUUAUCUUAGUUAACAAAUUAUUUUUUGAUCCAUUAUUUUUUUGGUACACAGCUUCUUGUAUUCUCAUAGGGGAGGCAUUGUUAAAUAUUCUUAUUAUUAAAUAUGUAUCGUAUACGGAAAUUGAUUGGAAAGCAUACAUGCAAGAAGUUUCUGGAUUUCUGAACGGUGAAAGAGAUUAUAUAAAAUUACAUGGAGACACAGGGCCAUUAGUUUAUCCAGCUGGAUUUGUUUACAUAUAUUCUGUUCUAUACUAUUUUACAUCGGGAGGUGUAAAUAUUCAAAGAGGACAAUUUAUAUUUGCGAUUCUUUAUUUAUGGACUCAAUAUGUCGUAUUUAAAAUCUAUCAAUCGUCUCGUAAAAUUCCACCCUAUGUAUUAAUAUUUUUAAGUUUAUCAAAAAGGAUUCAUUCUAUUUAUGUUUUGAGAUUAUUUAAUGAUUGUUUUGCUAUGGCUUUUCUUUAUUCUUGUAUUUGGGCCAUGAUUAAUCGAAAAUGGAAAUUAAGUUGUAUACUUUACAGUUUUUCCUUGUCAAUCAAAAUGAAUGUCUUACUUUUUUUUCCCGCAUUUGGAUUAAUUUUAUUUAAGUCAUUAGGGGCUUGGAAAACUUUAUUUAAUCUUUUGCUCACAAUAAUCAUUCAAAUUGUUUUGGCAUUGCCAUUUUUAAUGGAAUAUCCGAAAUCUUAUUUCGCACGUGCUUUUGAAUUUUCUCGUGUAUUCAUUUAUAAAUGGACUGUAAAUUGGAAAUUUUUGGAUGAAGAAAUAUUUAUUAGUAGGAACUUUGCCAGUAUACUUUUACUCGGACACGUAUUUGUCUUGAUGGGUUUCUUAUUUAAAAGAUGGUGUAGAUCUGAUAAUGGAGUAAUCAAUUUGCUCUAUGAUGGAUUAUCCGGAAAUAUAAAGGAAACAUCCAAAAGUGUUACAGCUGAUCAUAUAAUAACAUUGAUGUUUACAAGUAAUCUCAUUGGAAUAAUAGUAUCAAGAACAUUACAUUAUCAAUUUUAUUCUUGGUAUUUUCAUGGGUUACCUUUCUUAUUAUGGCAUUGUACCAAAUUACCAAUAUUUUUAAGAUGUUUGACGUUAAUUAUAAUUGAAUACUGUUGGAAUGUUUACCCUUCUACAAUGGAAAGUUCUUUAACAUUAUUAUUUUUCCACUUAAUAGUAUUGAUUAAUUUAUGGAUCGGAGAUGCUGAAGGGGAGAGAGUUAAAUUUAAUGAAAAACAGGAAUAAUGUGUAAUUUAUCUUGUAAAAUGAUUGGGUAUAUUUUUCACUCAAGUAUAAUGUGAAUUAGAAAAUGACUAUGUUAUGUCCUUUAAUUUUAAAUAAACAAGUUAUUUGUCAUGUUAUGC